UGAAGAAAGUUGAAGAUUGAUUUGAUUGAAUGAAUGAAAAAGAAGCUGAAGAUAGAGAGGCAGAGAGAUUGAGAGAAGAGAAGAAAAGAGGCUCUCGCGAGCAUGUCUCACACCUGCUCGUUUGUCGUUGGUCCUAUCUCUUCUCCUCCCCACAAAAUCGCCACCACCAGUCCGCCCCAUGUCUCCUCUCCACCGCUCUAUUCUCCUACUUUCCCUCGCAUUUCUUUCUUCUUAUACCCACCAACUACCUCUCCUUUUCCUCUACCACAUCCACAUGGUCAGAGUAAUAGCAUUACCUCCACCAGUUCUGCCUCUGCCUUUGCUUUUCUCCAUCACCCACCCGCCGCAAAGAGGCUAAGCAGUGCUUCCAUGACGAGAGGGCCACAUGGGUUUCUCAGGGCGUCUUCCUGCUGUAGCUUUAGAGGUGAUACAGGUGCUCAAUUUGAGACUGGGAGCGGCGCUGAUGAUGAACAAGAUAAGAGUGCUGCUGAUGAGGAAGAAGAAGAAGAAGACGACGACGACGACGACUUAAUAGUAGAAGAAGAAGAAGCAGGGAGAGAUUUUGGGUCUUCUCUUUUGCCUGAGAGAUGGGACGUUUUGGGUCUUGGACAAGCCAUGGUGGACUUUUCUGGCAUUGUUGAUGAUGAGUUUUUGGAAAAACUGGGAUUAGAAAAGGGAACAAGAAAGCUUGUGAAUCAUGAAGAAAGAGGUAGAGUUUUGAGAGCUAUGGAUGGUUGUAGCUAUAAGGCGGCUGCUGGUGGGUCUCUUUCCAACAGUCUAGUGGCCUUGGCAAGGCUUGGUAGUAGGUCCAUUGGAGGCUCUCCCUUGAAUGUAGCGAUGGCAGGGAGUGUCGGGAGUGAUCCAUUGGGUGGCUUCUACAGGUCAAAGUUACAUCGGGCAAAUUUGCAUUUUCUUUCUGCACCUAUCAAGGAUGGGACAACAGGGACAGUAAUAGUCCUCACAACUUCAGAUGCCCAGCGUACAAUGCUUGCAUAUCAGGGUACAUCUUCGACUGUUAAUUAUGAUCCAUGCUUGGCUAGCGCAGUUUGCAAUACAAAAAUACUUGUAGUUGAAGGGUAUCUAUUUGAGCUUCCGGAUACAAUCAAAACAAUUACAAAAGCAUGUGAAGAAGCACGCAGGAGCGGUGCCGUGGUUGCAGUAACAGCAUCAGACGUCUCCUGCAUUGAGAGACACUAUGAUGAUUUCUGGGAAAUUGUUGGAAACUAUGCGGACAUUGUUUUUGCAAACAGUGACGAAGCAAGAGCUUUCUGUCACUUUUCCUCAAAGGAGAGCCCCAUUUCAGCCACGAGGUAUCUGAGCCAUUUUGUUCCCUUGGCAUCAGUUACUGAUGGACCAAGAGGCUCAUACAUUGGUGUAAAAGGGGGAGCUGUAUAUAUCCCUCCUUCUCCAUGUGUACCGGUGGACACUUGUGGUGCCGGAGAUGCAUACGCAUCUGGAGUUUUGUAUGGUAUUUUACGAGGAGUGUCAGAUUUGAAAGGAAUAGGUACAUUAGCAGCUAGGGUUGCAGCCACAGUUGUGGGGCAACAGGGCACUCGGCUUAGGAUUCAAGAUGCAGUAGAGUUGGCAGAAUCAUUCGCAUUCAAUCUUGAUAGUUCCACUAUUAGGUCAGACAUUGGGUCCGAUCAAAUAUCGAGCUUCUAAUUAGACCCUUUGUUAAUUUCCCAAAAUUCUUUUGUUAGAGGUACCUGUUGUUCAUAUGUUUGUACAUUAUAAUUAUUGUGCAAUGGUUCAAAUCUGACGGUGACUGACUUGGUGUCAUGAAAUUCUUAAUUUCAUCGAUUUGUCGGGCACAGAAACUGUCGUAACAAAAGAAAAAACGUAUUUUGAAAUAUUCUAUUUUCUUCAGUAGAA